CCAAAGUAGAAACAUGAAAGGAGACAAUGUCAGAUAAGAAGGAUAUGCUGGAAAAUGACAAGUGCAUUUAAUACUUCCGACAGAAGUGGGGAGGAAAAUACACUACCCAUCUUACCGUUAAGUCAAAACACCAUGACAGAUAGAAAACAGAGAAUGGGGCCCGAAAGCAGCAGCUUGCUGUCUGGAAAAACGGUUGUGUUUAGUAACAAAGAUGGCGGGAACAAUAACGAUAAACAAACUUGUCAAAGUGACAGCACAUCUUCUUUUACUAUUCCUAAAAUACAGAGACGGAAAUUGGAUCUUUUGAGUGAAAUUUCUAGCAGUGAUUAUGAAUAUCAGCAGGAAAUUUUACCUUCACUCCAAAAGAGCUUUUAUUAUAAAUCUUCAACCAACAGUUUUACGUUUAAAAGGAUAUUUACAGUACAUAACAAUGAUUUGAUGAAAAAGUUUAUUACGAGACGGAAAUCUAUGAAGUCGGAAGGUUAUACGGAUAAAGAAUUAACAGAGAUGUAUGGUUUUUUGGCUGUUGAUACUUCACAAGUUCAAGAAAUAUGUAAAAAUGGAUUGAAAGUUGGAAAUCAAAAAUUGUCAGUUCUUGGGCACCCGGAAAUGGGUGUGCAUUUAUGUAAAUAUGCAGAUGUAAUUCCACCUAAACCUGUACCAUUUUGGAAAGGAAGUUUGAUAAUGUUCAGAAUUAUAAAGGGUAAAGUGAAAACAGUAACUGAGAAUCUAACAGGUAUACAUGUGGAUCCCACUCCUAAUUAUGACUGUCAUGUUAUUAAAACAGUUCUAUCUGAAACUAGAAACUUUAGUCCUCAACAAAUCUUUGAUUUUAGUCAAAUCUAUCUUUAUGAGUAUGAAGAUUGCAAUCUUGAAGAUUAUCCAAGUCAGAUAUUAUGUCAUGCAGUCAUAGAAUUUGAAUAUCGAGAUCCAAAACCAUCUCAAACCCCAAUUAGUAAAUAUAUACCAUAUAACCUACAGCCUCCAUCAUGUAAUAUAACGCCUGUAUCUAGUCAACUACCACAAUCAGAGGUACCUGAUGAGGAAUAUAUAACAUGGAAUGGUAAACUGGCUGUUAAAGGAACAUUUUAUAAGUGUAAUGCAUCGUUAGUAUCAACAGCAGGAUAUUAUAAACCUGUUAGAUUAGGGAGUACUAUCAAUAUUUCUAAAAGAUCGGAUUUAAAGAGUGCAGAAGUUAAAUAUUUUGGUCAGCUAAAAUCCAUUCGUAAGAAUGAAGAAAUGUACUGGAGAGGUCGUUAUAUUAAUGUUGGUGAACUACGGCCUAAAGAUGAUGGCAGCAAGUCGCAGUUUAACAAGAUAGUUUCAUACUUAACUAAAAAGAACAGUAUGGCGAUAGUGAAACCCGAUCCUAAUACAGUCAUGGUAUUAUUACCUGAAUGUUCUCUUACUAACCAGAUAGGUUUGACUUGUCCUAAUCAGCACUCUAGUUUCCUCCAUUGUUUAUUUUUAUCUCGACAGUCAGCAAAAUAUAAAACUGCAAAAUAUACAGCUAACAUGUACAAGACACAAGGUGUUGUAUUAGGUAUACAAGAUUACAAGCAAAAACCAGAAGAAUCUACUGUUAAUACGACUGAUAAACCACCUUUCAUUAAUCUUAACCAGUCUCUUCAAGCUAAUGCUGUGACUGUUGGCGUUAGUAAUCAUACUGGUAUCCCAGAAACACUAAAUAUUAUUCCUGUUCCAUCGCUGUCAUUCCAACCAGCUGUACCUCAUAUUUAUCAAAACCAAUUCAGUCAAAAUCCCAUUACUCUGCCUCCUCCGCCUCCUCCUCCCCCUCCUCCUCCUCCAAAUGUAACGUCCUCACCUAUUCGAAAAGAAGUUGGAAGUUAUCCCCUCUUGUGGUGUUCACCAGGACAUACUCUGUCAGCUAAAAAUCCAGUUGACUAUGAUGAAGGAUUCAAUAUAACCAAUAAUACCCAAAUGUUGCAGACGUUUAGUGUCAAACAAACAUUUGAUCAACAGCAUACAGCCGAAAGAAACAGGGCUCGUGGUUUAGAUUCUAAUGGAAAAAGAUUAGACCCUAGACUUAAAAAAUCUGAUCAAAAUAAAGCUUUAGUGGAAGGAGCCUUUUUAAAUAAUAAUAUUCCUUUAAAGAUGGUAAUGCAAUCGGAAAAUAUUUCUUAUGGGAACAAAGAUAGUGAUAAAAAUGGAUCUUCAAAUCCAAUGAUCAGUUAUGAUCUGAGAGAAAUGCCAAUGGACAUUGAAGAAACUACUAACCAUGAUGACUGUGAUAAUCUAAUGACCGGUGAUGUGUUACCACUUGCAUUACAAAAUAACACAAAUGACGGCAGUGUUUUAAAAGGAAUCAAGUCUGCUGAUGACAUGAAAGAUUUUUUGAAUGCUAGUAUCACCCGAGAAGAAAAGAAAUAUUACAAUGUGUAA